AUGAGUCUACGGGGAGCUAAUUAUGGGAUUGAGUGUACAACUAUACGUCAGAGUCUCCAGGACCUGCGAGAACCAGUCUGUGAGCAGUAUCAUGACCACUUUUACAAAAAUUCCCAAUUUCCACAAAUCGAAUCUGAAAUCAAUUUUUCUACAUCUGCAUCCGUAGUUUCUGGUGGACCCAGGUCUAGGAAUAACUUACAUAAAUUAUAUAGAAGACUAAAGUUAUUCAGUCGAAGGGACAAUAAAAAUAGACCUGCGAAGGACAGAAGCAACCGCGUGUUCCCUAGCAAGACAUUUCGCAUUAAAGAGGAUACGGCAGAGGAGAUAACAAAAACCCGGUGGCAUGUUUGGAAUACAUUUACCAAAAAAAUGCGGGUAAAUUCAUCGUUAUUCUCCCCAUCACUUACUCUAUUUGACUACGCUGAUAAUUCAUUAAGCUAUUCCCCACCUCCACCAGCCGGAGGUAGUUCCGUUAAUCUAGAUCAAAUGUUUCACUCACUAGACCCUAGAGCUGAGGAUAAAAGCCCAACUAACAGUGCGGGUUUCACAUCUGCACAUCCUUAG